AUGUCCAAGCUAUCGUUGCCGCCGCACUUUUUCCAGUGUCCGCAGCUCAGUGAUACGGACACGGCAGAUCUCAAAGCCUUCGCCGCGCGCGCGUCCAUAGAUGUGAUUCGCCAUGCCAGGCUACACAACGGCCCGAUCAAGUGGUCCGUCGUCGAGGAUGACCACGACCUGCGAGUGUUGAAGGGGUACGAUCCCGCCGCGCCGGCAGGUGUCCUCUCGUACGCCUCUUCCACGUACCUCUACGCUUCCAUCGACGAAGUAGCCAGUCUGUUUCGGGCCGAAACGGACGAAGAGUACCAGGCGUAUCGUCGGCACUUUGCCCCGGACUUGUUGGACGGCGCGCCGCUGUAUACGCUGACAUCGCCGACCCCAGCCAACCCGCGUAAAUUUGUCGGAAUCAAAUGGAUGGCAGUGGCCAGUCCGGUGGUCGCCGUGGUGAAACACCGCGACUUUUGUGCCAUCGAGUGCCGGUAUGAUUUCGACAUACAAGGCAGGCGUGGGUAUGUCCGGUGCCUCAAGUCCGUGUCGUUGGCAUGUUGUCCGGACCUGGAGGCGUCGAUGGGGUUCGUCCGGGGCACGUACCAUCGGCUGGCGCAUGUAUUUUUAGAAACCGAUCGGCCGGGGUACCUCCACGCGUUCCAGUUGCUGCAGGCCGACUUUCGCGGCAACAUCCCCACGUGGCUGUCGAAAUUAAGUGCAAAAAAGCGCGCCAAGUCAUUGGGGGAUAUGGAUUUGUUCCUGCGGGGCCAGCGGCUGACCCGAACUGCCUUCUUAAACGACCGAGAACUCGUGCUCAAGGGCAACAGAAGCCGCUGCUUCGAUUGCCAGGUGGCAUUUGGGACGUUCGGAACCAAGUGGUCGUGUCGAAAGUGUGGCGAAGUGGUGUGCAAAGCCUGUUCCAAGUCGUGGCGAGUGCACGUCGAUGGCAUGAGCCAAAGUUUGCGCGUGUGCACUUCCUGUACGACCUCCAACGGGCUCAGUGGUGAGCUCAGCAUCGGCAGUCAACUGAAACACACCAAGUACCUGACCCCGUCCAUAACGAUAUCGAAUUCAACUUUGCAAGGUCAGACAAAAGGUAGCACCACCACGCCGACUCUUGGGGGUGGGGGGUGGCAUCCCCGCGCGGGGACACCGUCGUCGUCCUCUGCAGCCCCGACCCCAACAUCCCGAACCACCGGAAGCUCGAACCCCCGUUUUCUCAAGUCCGCUUCUUCUGCCCUCAACCGCGGCCCAACCUCCCCGCCCAAGUUUGAUUGCCUCAACGAAUCCAUCAUUCAACACCCGACAGGCGACAGAAGUACUACCAACAUUUCCGUGAACGAUCUGGACGACUUGGACGGCAGCUUCAUACCCACGCAACACCACCACCCUCCUCAUCAGCAUUACCGAGGACAGCCUCCACAUGCAGUGGGCGGCAGAAGACUGACGGUUGUACCACCUUCGAACCAGCAACCGCACAACAACAGCACUCUCCCCACCGAGCUAAACCAUCGAAACGACCUCAUUCCGCUGGUCAUGUCGCCAUAAUAAGUCCAAAUAUUUGUAUGAUGAG